UAUCCGCUCCUCGAAGGAGCGAAGGGCUCAUAGCUCGUCCGCGAGACGCGGCAUCCAGGCCGGCCGCUCGCGCCGACAAGCCAGAUAACCGCUCGUUGCGGAGCCUACGCUGACGCCCCCAAAGGAGUCAGCUCCGGCACGACACGGCAAGGCGCGUAAAGUCCACGGCAAGGCAGCUAUUGACAGCCUCAAAUCUCGAUGCUCGUCUACCGACAUAUGCGCUCGGCGUCUUUCCGCCAGGCGUUGCGGCGGUAGCGGGCUGACCUUCCUUGCUCAUCACUUACAUGAGUAUCGUUUCAACUGCGCAUCCUUGUGAGAGGCGCUAGAUCCUGCAUAAGCAGAUCAGCAUCCGUCUAGGCGGUGCUCACGGUACAAUCUGCUGUAGAAGCCGCGGCGAUGGCAGAUAUCGCUCGCUCAUCAAGGUCGCCCGCAUGUCAACCCGCGACUAUAAAGCCCAGUUCCAGACAGUCCAUCAUUCCAUAUCGAUGCAGCAAAUAUCCAUUUCAGUGUUGAUUCAUCAAGGCAAGCAAUUCUUGACUUCGCGAAUCAUUGCCAAUAAGUCAGUUCCCAGCGAGCAACCAUGAAGAUCACGCUUUCAACCGCUAUACUCUUCCUCGGGCUCGUCUCGGCCCUGCCCGCCGAGGAUCUCAUCGAGCUCGACGACCGCGCUGAGCCCUCCAACGCGCCCAUUGACUGGGACGGCCCCAACCAGUCUGCCAGCAUCAAGUGCGGCAAGAACACCUACGAUGGCCAUGACGUCUAUCUCGCCGCGCAGCACGGCGUCAACCUUGGUCUGCUCAGCCCGCCCGAGACUCGCGGCGAGAAGAAGUUCCCGCACGCUUUCGACCACGACGACAGCAAGGGCGUGAAGCUCCAUUUCCCCAAGCAUUGCCCCGAGAACGACAAGCACAGACAGGAGUACCCGCUCGUCAAGAACGGCCCGUACAAUGGCGGCAAGAACAACAAGAAGUACGGCGACGAGCGUGUCGUCUUCUACUAUGACGGCAAGGCGCAGGGCGUCGAUGGGCAUCCCCUGGUCUACUACUGCGGUCUGAUGACGCACGAAGGCGCAGCAAAGGGAGGUUUCAUUCAGUGCCCUGACGGUAAAUAGACUGUAAGAUCUUUGCGUCCA